AUGGGUUACGAUAACAUUAAUCUUCAACCCAAUUUCAAACCCAUUGAUCGUCUUUAUGAUGAUCGAUUAAGACAAUUCACUGACACUGGCGGACAAUUCCAUAAUUUGAAUUUACCCAAAUUUUAUGAUAUUCAUCGUCAAGAAAUUCGUGAUUUAAAAUCAUGGAAAGUUCCUGAUGAUGCCAAUGGGAAAACUCAACGACCAUUAUUUAAAGAUAUUAAAUUUGAUGAAAUAUCUUGGGAUAAUAUUGGUAUUGGAUAUAAUUUUGGACCAUCGUGGAAAACUUUUUGGGUUAAAUUUAAUUUGAAAAUUCCUGAAGAUUGGUUAAAAUAUGAAGCAUUAGAAAUUGAUUGGGAUCUGAAUUCAGAAGCUUUAAUUUAUAAUGAUAAAGGAUUACCAUUACAAGCUUUUACUGGUGGUGGUCAACGUAAUUUAUUCCGAAUUCCCAAAGAAUAUCGAACUAGUGAAGAACAAUUGUUUUAUAUUGAAGUUGCUUGUAAUGGAAUGUUUGGUAAUGGUGCGGAUGGUGAACCUGAUCCUAAUCGUUAUUUCCGAUUGAAUCGUGCUCAUUUAGUUGUUCCUAAUUUAGAAGCAAGAAGAUUAUUUUGGGAUUUUUGGAUUCUUGGUGAUGCUACAAGAGAAUUCCCUGGAGGUCAUUGGCAAAAAUAUCAAGCUGCCGAUAUUUGUACACAAAUCAUGAAUACAUUUGAUCCUAAUGAUGUUGAUUCUAUUGGUAAAUGUCGUAAAUUGGCAGAACAAUUGUUGGGUGAUAAAAUCAAUUCUGAUGAGGUCUUCCAUGAAUAUCCCAAUGAACGUAACAAAAGAAUUGAUGUUUAUGGUAUUGGUAAUUGUCAUAUUGAUACCGCCUGGGAAUGGCCAUUUGCUGAAACGAAAAGAAAAAUUGUUCGAUCAUGGACUACUCAAUUGAAACUUGCUGAUGAAUAUCCCGAAUAUGUAUUUGUUGCUUCACAAAUGCAACAAUUUAAAUGGUUAAAACAAUAUCAUCCGGAAAUUUUAUCGAAAAUCCAUGAGAAAUUUGCUACUAAUCAAUUUAUUCCUCUUGGUGGUACUUGGGUUGAAAAUGAUACAAAUUUACCUAAUGGAGAAUCAUUACUUAGACAAUUUGUUUUAGGACAAAGAUUUUUAUUAGAAGAAUUUGGAUUCCAAUCUGAUAUUUUUUGGUUACCAGAUACAUUUGGUUAUAGUUCUCAAAUCCCACAAAUUUGUCAAUUAGCAGGGAUAUAUCGGUUUUUAACACAAAAAUUAUCUUGGAAUAAUAUUAAUAGUUUCCCCUUGAGUACUUUUAAUUGGAAGGGGAUUGAUGGUUCACAAUUAUUGGUUCAUAUGCCUCCUGGUAACACUUAUACUGCGGCAGCAAAUUUUGGUGAUGUUGUUCGAUCACUGCAACAACAUAAGAAUCUUCGUGAUGUUCCUGCUGGUAUGUUACUUUAUGGACAUGGUGAUGGUGGUGGUGGUCCCACGGAAGAAAUGAUUGAAAAAUUAAGAAGAUGUCGUGGAUUAGCUAAUAAUUCUGGGUUAAUUCCUUCAGUUCAAUUAGGGGUCACAGUUGAUGAUUUUUAUGAACAUUUAUUAGAAAAAUCAGACCAAGGAAAGAAAUUACCUACAUGGACUGGAGAAAUUUAUCUUGAAUAUCAUCGUGGUACUUAUACUACUCAAGCCAAUAUUAAGAAAUAUAUGAGAUUUGGUGAAAUUAAAUUACAUGAUUUAGAAUUGAUUGCUGGAUUAGUUAGUAUUAAACAUGGUGAUAAAUACAAGUAUCCAGGAGCAAAAAUUCAAAGUUUAUGGGAAGAUCUUUGUUUAUGUCAAUUCCAUGAUGUUUUACCUGGUAGUUGUAUUGGUAUGGUAUAUUAUGAUGAGGCAUAUCCUAUGUUGCGUAAAUUAUUGAAAAAAGCUGAUGAACUUAUUUUUGAAGCGUUAAAAGUUGGCACUGAUAAUAGUACUACUAGUGGUGGUGGUGGUGAUGGUGGUGUUGUUAAUACUUUACCUUGGGAUAGACAUAAUGAAAUUGUUGAAGUAUCUCGUAAACAAUCACCUAAAUUAUUUGAACAAUUGAUCAAAGAUAAUGUUGGUAUUUCCACCCCAAAAACACUUCAAGAUAAAGAUCAUGAUGAUGAUGAAACAGUUAGAAUUUCCGUUGAUUCUAUUGAUGGAAUUUGUCAAAUAAACAAAAAAGUUGAAUAUCCUGCUAGUGUUUCCAAAAUUGAUGAUGGUAGAUUUAUUUUGACGAACAAGUUAUUGACGGCCAAGAUUUCGUCAAAUGGGGUUAUUACUUCUUUAUUUGAUGAAGUUAAUCAACGAGAAAUUAUUGAUACAACUGCCACUAAUCAAACUAGUCAUGGUAAAGGUGGUAGUGGUAGUGGUAGUAUUGGCGGGAAUCAAUUUAUUUUAUUUGAUGAUGAGCCAUUAAAUUUCCCUGCUUGGGAUACAGAAUUAUAUUCAUUAGAAAAAUUCCAAUUACUUAAUAAUGGUAAAGCAGAGAUUUUAGUUCAAGAUGAAUUAGAAUCAUCAAUUAUUGUUACUCAUGAGAUUUCACCCAAUUCAUCAAUUGAAACAAUUAUUUCAUUAGCUGGUAUAAAUAAACCCCACAGGAGUAAUAGUAGUAGUACUACUACUACUACUAAUGAAGGUAGUGAUAAUAAUUAUAUUAAAUUUUCAUCCACGGUCAAUUGGCAUGAAAAUUAUAAAUUUUUAAAAGUUCAAUUCCCCACCACAAUUACUACGGCAUUACAAGCCAAUUAUGAAACUCAAUUUGGUAUUACUAAUCGAUCAACUCAUUGGAAUACCACUUGGGAUAUAGCUAAAUUUGAAGUUGCUCAUCAUAAAUUUAUGGAUUUAAGUGAAUAUAAUUAUGGAGUAUCAAUUUUAAAUAAUUGUAAAUAUGGUGGAGCUAUUCAUGGGAAUUUAAUUAGAUUAUCAUUAUUAAGAAGUGCUAAAGCACCAGAUAAUAAAGCUGAUAUGGGAAUUCAUAAAUUUGAAUAUGCUAUAUAUCCUCAUAAUGGUCCAUUAGGAAUUGAUACGGUUAAAGCAGGUUAUAAUUUCAAUUAUAAAUUGAUUCAAAAUCCAUAUUAUCAAAUAGAUGAUUCAAUUUCACAUUUAUCAUCAUCAUCAUUAUUGGCUGCUAUUAGAUUGAAAAAUCAUCAUCAUAAUGGUUCAUUAAUAUUGUCUCAUAUUAAAAGAGGAGAAAAUGAUAUUGAUGUAAGUCAAUAUAAAUCAUUGACGAAAAAUGAAAAAUCAAUAAUUGUUAGAGUUUAUGAAUCAUUAGGUGGUGGUAAUAGUAAAGGACAAUUAAUAAUUGAUAAAUCAAUUCUGAAGAAAAUUGAUAAAGUGUUUAAAACUGAUGGAUUAGAAAAUGAAUUAGAAGAAUUGAAAUUGAAUAAUAAAAUUUCUGAUGAUCUGUCUGAUGAUGAUGUUGUUGUUGUUGAUAUUACAUUAAGAGGAUUUGAAAUUGCCACUUAUAAAAUAUUAUUAAAAUGA